AUAACUUUUAGCAGCAGCAGCAAAGGUUGCGUAGAAUCGAGAAUCCCGCCGUGAGCCUAUACCGUGCGCGAGAGAGUGAAUGAGCGAGCAGGCGAGCGAGCGAGCGAGCGAGCGAAAGAGACCGCGCCGGUGGGAGAGAGUGAGAGCGGGCGCGCUGUCAAGAACCCGAGCCACAACCUCGAGGCUCACGCUCGAUGCGCUGACUUCGCAUUCUUUCAAUCGUUCACCGGAAUCCUGCGAGAGAGGAACGCACACUCCGGCACGGAACAGUAGCAGCAGCAGCAGCCGCACAUUCGCCGUGUUCGGGAACCUGUGCGUCACACACAGAGUUGGCGGUGUGUGAAUGUGAAACGGAGAUAGAGAGCGAGCGCACGGCUACGGCAUCGAACCGAGAAGCGCUUGUGUGUGAGCGAGCGAGUGCGGAAAUUGAAUCGCGUUGUGUGUGCGUGUGUGUUUUUUUAACUUCCGCGGUGCGAUUUGAGUUGGAAUUAACCGGUAACCGGACACCGGCCAUUCGAUUUGUGCGUGUUUUUUUUUGCUUUCCCAAAAUCUAACUACACCUAACCAGCUCCGCUUUCAGUACGGGGUGGUAAACCACCUUCCAGUGAUGGUGUGAGUGUGUGCGUUUGCAGAACGUUCUACAAGCACGCACGCACCCUGUGACAGCACUGGCAAACGUCAAAACGACGGAGGGCUUCACCGAAACAAAAGCGGGCAGCGAACGGCGGAGCCAAACACAAAUACAAACGUUCGAAAACAACCACCGGCUCUCGUUCGAUUCGUGACAGAAGCGCGUGUGUGUGAGUGUGUGCGUUUCGUGACAACAUUAAAACGUUUAUCCCUUCGGCUGGUGUGUGUUGUGCCACGACAGAGAGAGAGCACACAGAACCAUCAUUGUGUAUGCUUUUGUAGCGGCAGUAGACGACAGACACCACAACGCAGUGGUGCUGGAAGAAGGGGGGGUGCACACGGGUGCGCACGAAAUCAUGGCGUCAUCUCACGCACACAACACGGCACGACGCAGCCUACUGCUACUCCGUGCCACCACGGUCGCCGUCGCUCGGUAGAGUCGUGCACGUACGCCCCAAGCUCAAGCUCUGCUCUCUCCCCUGCGAACGGGGCCCGUUAUAUUUUGACAACAACCGUCGUGCAGCACGGACACGGAACAACCGCGCCACCAUCCCCCCGCCCCGUUGCUUUUUGCCAAGGUUAAAAGCUCUUGCCCGCUCAACGUGAAACAGUAACGGAACAAAGAGAAGAAGCAAAAACAGGAUUAAAGGGGACCCCCCCCCCCCCCGUCUGUGUGUGUGAGUUUGCACCGUGAACGUGAUCAGAACAUUGUCGCAAAACUCGUCGCCGCCUAAAAGAGAGGUAGCAGAGAAAAAAAAAAGAAAACGGAAAGGAGCAAAACCGACAUGAACGACGCCGCCGUUGUCGGUACGCUCAGUGCCGGCAGCAUCCUUGCCGCCGCCACCGCCGCCGGCGACUCACCGGAAGAAUCGCCGCUCAGCCCGGCGACGGGCGGUAGCGGAAGCGAGAGCAGCAGCUCCCCGAGCGCCCCGUCCUCCAUCUCCUCCUCGACCAGCGGCUCGUCGGCGUCCACCUGUGAGGCAGCGUCACCACCGGCCGUCACCACCGGCCAGCCACCAUCGGUAGCGCAGGUGCUCUACAUGCCAGUGGGGCUGGCCAACAUAAAGGAGGAGCUGCCGGAACCGGAAAUACAGGCCGACUCCGAACUGUCCCUGGAGGAAGGUCACGCGCUGGUGCAGGUCCUGGAAGACACGCCGAACGAUGAGGCGCCACCGCCGGAGCCGGAGGUCGAGAUACGGGCCGGCAAGGCGGACAAAUCCUUCCGCAAGCUCACGUCCGACGGCUACCCGGCCAAGGGUGCCGUCGUCCGGCUGCAGAUGGGCAAGGUGACGUACCAGCUGACGGACCAGAUGCUCAAAUCCGGUGCGCUCGCCGCCAUGCACAAUCCGCUGCUGCUGACGAAGGAUCAGCUCGAGCGAAUGAUCAGCGACAAAGACCCGGAGCUGGAGUACCGGAAGCACCACAACAACAACAGCACCUGGCAGCGCUACAUGCCGAUGUACUACAAGGGCAUCAAGCAGAACUACGUGCGCUGCCUGGAGUGCGGCUGGCUCGUGCUGCACAAGGCGAGCACUGGCACGGGCAGCCUGCUGCGGCACCGCUGCAAGAUCAAGCUGCCCUCCGGCGUGGAGGUGAAGCUGGAGCCGAAAGUGUCGAGCAGCUGGAACAGCUCGCAGGGCGGCAAAGCGCCGGCGGCGCCCAAAUCCGCCGCAGCCAUUGGCGCCGCGAAGGUGGUGCAGCCCGCGGCGCCACCGUCCAGCACGGCCGUCACGACGACCCCGCCGCAGAUGGUGAAGUACGGUGGCGUGCUGCCCCAGAACGUGAAGGACGAGCUGGUGCGGCAGCAGGCCUGCGUCCUGUACAAAGACAUCGUCAGUGCGGAUCUGUUCGAUCAGCCGAGCUUCCGCACGCUCGCCCAGAUGCUGGUCAACAUCGGUGCGUUCUACGGGCAGCAGCCGGACGGGCUGCUCGCGUCCCGGGACGCCCUGCUCGAAACCGUACUGCCCGCCAUGUACCACGAGGCGAAGGGCCAGCUCAACAAGGUGCUGUCCGACUGCGAUCUCACGUUCAGCUUCAGCCUGUUCCGGCACGAGCACGAGCGGCGCACGUACGUCGCGAUCAACGCGUACACGGUCGCGUCCGACUACUACUUCCGGCCGCUGCACGUGAAAACGCUGGACGUGACCGGGCAGGAGGCGGCCUACGUCGAGCAUCUGCAGCGCAUCAUCGAGGACAGCCUCGCCCGGUCGUUCUCCGAUCCGCUCAAGCUGGUGUACGGGGGCCCGCCGGACGCGGACGACUGCCCGGAGCCGGAAAGGACGCUGCGCAACCAGCGCGAACAGUACGAGCUGAUACCGUGCGCGGUGACGAUGCUGUGGGGCAUUAUGAGGCGCGUGCUGGACAUGUUCCAGUACGACAGUGGCCGCUACCUGGAGCGGUUCAUGCUCGGCAGCGAGGACGAGGACGAGACGGUACCGGCGGAGCUGGCGGUGCUGCAGCGCUUUCUCGAGCCGUUCCGCGAGCCGAUCCGGGGGCUCGCCUCCGACACGGGCGUCACCAUCAGCGAGGUGGUGCUGUGGCGCAAAAAGCUCGAGCUUAGCUUCCGCCCCGAGCCGGACGACGAGGAGGACGUGCGGCUGCUGAAGGAAACGCUGCUCGACCAGCUGAGGGCACACUUCCCGCUGCACGACUACCACCGGAUAGCGGUGUUUCUCGAUCCCAAGUUCAAAGGGUUGCGCUUCCUGUCGGACGAGGAGCGGAACGAAACGCUUGCCAAGGUGAAGCAACACCUGCACGCCGAUCUCGACGGGGUGGAGCGGGUGAAGCGGGGCCAGUACGGGACGCACGGGGUGCGCAAGCGGCGCAGCUCGCUGGCGCCGUCGGAGCUGCCGUUCUACGAGUUUAUGGACGCCUCGCUGAAGCUCGAGUGCGAGGACGUGGUGGACGACGAGAUUCAGCAGUACGUGGACGUGAAGCUGGAGAGUGCGGUCGACAUCAUGUCGUACUGGCGGAACGAGACGGCCUUCCCGCUGCUGAAGCGCCUGUGCCGGCGCAUACUAAACAUUCCUGCGGCCUGUGAUGAGAUGCGGCAGCUGUUCGGUCAGACCGGCCAGCGGGACCUGCAGAAGCGGCGGCUCGCGCUUAGCAAUAGCGAGCUCGAUAUGGUGAUGUAUCUGCAUCAGAACGUGAGCAGUCCGUAGUAAGAUUGUGCUUUUUUGUGAGAGCAGGAAGGAGAGAAAGGGGAGUCAUUGCAGGAUAUAAGAAUAAAGUUUAUAUUUAUUAAUUUUUAAAA